GUGCAUCACCACAUCCACACUUAUUCCACCAUGACUCACCGUCUCUUGACAAAUUCCAAUUUGACAGAAAUUAUCGCGAUACAUGCACCGCCACAUUAACCUACCUUCAUUAACUUACCACUCGUGGAAAUCCAUUCAGCUGGUGUCAUUCAUGCAAGCGAGUUCAAAAUCUCUUCCUUAGAGCCCCCACAACAUCCACUUUCUCCCUCAAAACAUUAUCUACGACGAUGACACAUCAACUCCAUAUUCUUUUAAUAGUCAUUUGCACGCCUGUACUAUGUUAAUCCACCACAUGACAAUCCCAUAAUGUAACGUAUUACUCAUUUGGUCGCUUCGUGGUCCUUUUCUUCCUCCACUCCCAACUACAGUUCCACACCACCAGCCGAUCGAUCGAAUUGGUAGUAUAUACUUCCCUUUCACAUUUCACUCACACCCUCUGUCUCUCUUACCGUAUACCCAUUUCAUCUUUUGGCUUCCAAGCUAAGAAAAAAAGUUCAACGCCAACUACCGGACAGACCGCACCCUCCAUCAUCAUUACCCAUAUCAGCAACAGCUUUUCCCCAAUUCUCCCAUCCGCCAUUUCCAUUCCCCCAACGAGAAAACCAGCAAUGGCGGACGACAUUGCAAAUAAGAGCUGCAGCUACCGCUCCUCCGUCGACACUUCCCGCCCUUUCUCCUCCGUCAAGGAAGCCGUCGCCAUCUUCGGCGAGCGCUUCCUCCUCCGCGACAUCUACCACUCCACUCCGCACCAGCAGCCUCCCACUGCUGAUUCUCCCUCAUGGAAGUCGGCGUCUGCGUCUCCUUCUCCUUCUGCUUCCCCCUCGGUGGUCCCUGACGUCGUUACUCCGAACGACAGUCCGAAGUUGAAAUUAGAGCCGUCAAAUCCCUCCGGCUCGGCCAUUGAUGAGAGCGUUUUGGUGGAGAGCGUGAGGAGGCUGGAAGCCGAGCUGGAGGAGACGAAGGCGGCGCUGAAGCAGCUGAAGGAGCAAGGGUCCGAGACCGAGAUCGCCCUGGCUUCCCUCAACGCCGAGCUCCACAUGAACAUGGCCAGGAUGGCUCAGGCCGAGGCUGCGGCCGCGAAGAAGGCCGCGGAUGGGAAGGACGAGGCCGCCGCCGCGAGAGAUGUCGGGUCCCCGACUCUGGCACAGAUUCUGAACCUAGGGUCGGAGAUGAGCAGCAAUGGGUACUAUUCGAACAAGAAGAUGAAGGCAGAUGGGAAGAAGAAGAAGCCCAUCGUGCCUCUGGUUGGGGAUUUUCUCUACUGGAAGAGGAAGAAGGAUUCUCGCUCUGCUGUCAGUGAUAACCCGCUCUAUGGUUCUCCUAAUGUUUUCUGA